AUGUCCACUGCUUAUAUACUACUUAAAGAUGAUGCAUACGGUCAAGAUUUGUACAUGUUAAAUAGAUGUUUAGAUGAUAUUGAAUGGUUUGAAAAGAAUUUUAGAAGAAGUUUUAAAUCUUCACCAGAAGAACUUGACAAUAAACAUACUAUAAAUGUAAAACAAAUUAAUGAUGAACCACCAGAUUCUACUAUAGUAAUUGAUUCUUUACAAAAAGUUAAAUAUGCAUUAAAUAUUAUUGAAAAAAUUCGUAAAUCAGUACCAUAUAUAUCAAAAGAAAUUUUUAUUUAUUUAAUAAGAAUUGUUCGUAAAGUUCAUACAGUAGCAAGAUCAAAACAAAUUACUAAUUACAAUUCUAAUAUUGUAGUUGAUGUAAUUGAACCAUUAUUGAAUGAAAAUACUAUUACAUCAAUAUUUAAAUUAUUAUCAAUUAAAACUAAAGAAUUAUGGUUAGAACUUGGACCUGCAUGGAAUACACCAAGUUCAAAGUGGCCCAAUCCAUUGAACAUUUAUAUGCCAAUAUUUUAUCAUCCAUUGAAAAAAAGAUCUAGACAUAGAUCAAAUGAAGUGAUUAGUCGAAAUCCAGUAUUUAAUUCACGAAUAGUUCUGAAAGGAGCAUCAGAAAUCAAUGAUGAAUAUGAACCACAUUUUCAUGGAGAACCAGACACCACCCAGACUUUCACGUGACAACCCCAACACUACCGCUCAACCCCGUUUAACAGGAGAGCAGAUCACCGCCCAGGCUUACAUUUUGUAACCCGAGCAGUACAGCGAAAUCCCGCUUCACAGGAGAACCAGACACCAUAUAGGCUUUAACGCUUCAGUCUGAAUAAUACAGCUUAAUCCUGUGGAGCAAUUACACAGGUACCAAGCACCUUGGUGGGCCAUUCGCACCAUUCAUAUACACAUUCACGUCACAUGUAUAGAUAUUCCGAUCAAUGAUCGCGUGAAUCAAUUAUACUCAGCACGAACAGGCCAAAGUUGAUCUAUUCCGCUUACACGACAGUCAAACUCAUUAAUGUUAGCAAUGGUCACAUGCCUUAUAAUAUUCCAAUGACAAUGGCCCUUGAAAACACUGAAAAGCGACCAUCAGUAUGAAUGAAAUCGGUUAACCAGCAAACUAAUUUUAUGCAUAAACGGUCAGCAAAACUUGCUAAAGCAAUGCCGAACUAUCCACAAUACCAAUGGCGAACCUCCAGUCUCAUAUGAGACAUUCAGCUCUACAUAACCAUACAUAUAUAAUGUUUUUGUUAAAUAAUUGAACAUACGUGAAAGAUAUGUUACAGCCCAUAAAAAAACUUCAAUAGGUAGUUGAAGUUGAUCGGAUAUUGAUAAUUGACAAUGGAAGGUUCAGUGUUAUUGUUGACUAACAUAACACGAUGGAAGAUGUAUUUUUGGCUCAUGGUUAUUCAUAGAAACGAAUUUUAAAUAGUCAGCAUCAUUUUUUCUUUAGAUUUCAAACAUUAACCUUUAGUAAUUAAUUACUCCUUUUUAAUAAAGAAUUAUUUAAUAUUUCAAUAGAUUAAAAGUAUAAUUGACUUACAUAUAAUAGAUGUUGUACAUUUUAUUCACAUACAAAUUGUAAUAUUCAAUUGUUCAAGGUUAAAUAAACAAAUGAUUUAUAUUUUAUUUUUUUUUUUUUUACAUCCAUCAAAUUACUUUCUAUAUCAUUUUCCACAAAGACUGUAAAUUAACCGUGGGAAGAUCGAUACCUUGUAAUUUAUGUUCUGAAUGAUAAAGUAUUAAAUUAAACAACUUAAUUACUAAAGUGUAGAUUUUCAUCAUUAUCAUCAUCAUUAGCAGCAGCAGCAGCACCAUUAUCAAACAGAAUAUCUUUUAUACUAUGUAACUAUCAUUACAGCAUUAUUACAAAAUACAAUCUUAUUAGAAUGGUACUUAUAAUUGACAAAAAUGAAUUAUUCUUAUGUGUGAAUUAAUUGAACUUUUGUUUAAUUCUAUUUAUUCAAUUGGAUUAAUUUUUACAGUUUAUCUGACAAUUUAAUAAAUAAAAAAGUGAAAACCGUAGGGUGAGACUAUAAUUUAUGGACGAAGCAAUUAGGUAUAAAAUAACAAGCCUUAGAUUUUGGCGCGAAAUUCAUUCAAACAUUUGGCUAAAU